CGCAAAAUGAGAAAGUGGCAGAUUGCUUGCAGAAAGGAGUGGGGAAGAUUCGGGAUAUCUUUGACGAUGCCACCAGGAUUUACCAGGUUGUGAGCAAGCAUAUAAGAGCGAAAUGCCCCAGGAGGACCAUUACUAUAUCAUCUUUUGAGCCAUGCAUUUUUCUGUGUUGACCGCCAUUGCGAGCGUUGCUGCGCUAUGUAGCGCAAAAGCACAUCACGCAUCCUCCAUUCAUCCUGGCCCUUUCAAAGUGGUCAAGUUUGACCAUCCAGGAGCGCUUCACUCCUUUGCUGAUAUCGAACGAAUCAGAUUGCGUGUGAAGAACAAGGAUGAGCCUUGGUAUGCUGCCUAUACUCACUUGUCGACGAGUAAACUUGCCCAAUCCACUUGGAAAGCCACCCCUCAAACCGUCCUUGUCCGAGGUCCACCAGAUCCCAGUACCAAUCUCACUCAAAACUAUGGCGAUGCAUACCGCGACGCACACUCGGCAUACCAGCUCACGCUACGCUGGAUCGUCACCAACAACGUCAGUUUCGCCGAUGCUGCGGUGGAGAUUCUGAACGCUUGGGGCACAACCCUCAAAUCGAUCAAUGGAAGCGAAGACCGAUUCCUGGCUGCGGGCUUAUAUGGCUACCAGUUUGCCAAUGCUGCCGAAUUAUUGCGCAUCUACCCAGGCUGGCUAAAAGAGGACCAACGAGCUUUCUCCAAGAUGCUCACGUCCGUAUUUGCAUCAAACAAUCACCUCUUUCUCACCGAGCACAACGGCAAGCCCGACUUUUACUACGCCAACUGGGACUUGUGCAAUAUCGCUUCUCUCAUGGCAAUUGGCAUCUACAGCGAUAACUCCACCAUGUACAAUUGGGCUGUCAAUCUUUUCCUGAAUGGACUUCCAGACCCUAGCGUUGUUGUGAAUGGGGCUCUACCGUACUUUUCCAUUGCCAAUUUCACCGAGGAAGGCAGCAAGAAAACGCUCAUGGAGAUGCAGGAAAGCGGGAGAGAUCAGGGCCAUGCCACGUUGUGCACGGCGCUCUUGGGCGUCAUAGGCCAGCAAGGGAAAAACCAAGGACUCGAUCUCUAUGGCGCGUUUGGAAAUCAGAUUCUGAACAGUGCUGAGUACACAGCCAAGUUCAACACGAAUCAUUCAGUGCCCUACACUCCCUACCGUAGCUGGGAAGGUAUCCUCCCCGUUGUUUCCGAGAAAUCGCGCUUCGCCGUGCGACCUGGAUUUGAGGCCAUCGUUGCUCACUAUGCCGACACGCGCGGGCUCAACGCAUCGUGGUCCAAAGCCUAUCGUGAUUACGUCAACCUUAACAUCACUGCAAAGGUUGAAGGAGGUGGUGGCGACUAUGGGCCAAAUUCGGGUGGGUUCGAUGCUUUUGGACAUGGGACGCUCUUGUACAGGAUCUCCGGGGAGUAA